AUGGGGUGCGCAAAUUCCAAGCUAGAUGUGGUAAAUGGGAAUGCGCAUGUGGACAAUAAUGGCGAGAAACAGACGACGGUGAACGGUAAAUCCGCGCCGGCUGCUGUAGAUUUUAAUAGCUUUGAAGAGCAAUAUACUCUCGGCAAAGUUAUUGGGUCUGGUACAUUCUCCGUUGUGCGCAUUGCCGUCCACAAGCCAACAAAUCAACGCUACGCCAUCAAGUGCAUUAAACGUGAUGGCCUCGUUGCGGAGGAUAUUGAGGCUUUGACGACAGAAGUUGCUAUCUUGAAACAGAUCAACCAUCCAAACAUAAUGAUUCUACAUGAUUUUUUCGUCGAGGACGAAUUCUAUUACCUUGUGACAGAGUUCAUGGAGGGUGGCGAGCUAUUUGAUCGAAUUGUUGAGAAGUCAUACUACAACGAGAGAGAAGCACGCGAUCUAAUGAAGCUACUUAUGGAGGCAAUUAACGAGGGUCUCGUCACAGCUUGCGGUACACCUGGAUAUGUCGCGCCGGAGAUUCUAGAAGGUAAGCCUUAUGGCAAGACGAAGAUUAAGAACGGUAAGUUCCAGUUUGACUCGCCGUAUUGGGACCACGUAUCAGACGAUGCGAAGGAUCUCAUCUCACAAAUGCUUGUCGUGGAUCCAGAAAAACGCGCAACGAUAGACCAGCUACUUGCACAUCGAUGGGUUACGGGCACAGAAGUGGCGACAGUGCAGCUCACAAGCGCUUUGGAGGAGCUGCGCCGCUUUAACGCACGCAGGAAGUUCAAGGCCGCUGUUAGUACUGUUUCUACAUCUGUCGGGUUCAGCAAGAAGUACAGCAAGUUAGAUAGUCGCAUGCAGUUGACUCUAAACCAGGCCCCAAAUGUCGUCAACCUUGGAAGUGUGUCUGAGACGUUACCAGACACGGUCGAUCUUGACAAAGCUAUUUAG